UCGGUCAGUCAGUCAGUCGGUGAGUCAGUCGGUCGGUCAGUAAGUCGGUCGGUCGGUCAGUCAAAUGGUUGGUCAGUCAAGUGGUCGAUCAGUAGGUUGGUCGGUCAGUAGUCAGUUGUUCAGUCAUGUGGUCGGUAAGUCAGUCGGUCAGGCAUUAGCCAGAGAUAGGUCACACACAUACUGUAGCUUCACUGCAAGGAAGGAGAAUUUCCUGUGGAUUCAGUUUGCUAUUGUUGUGGAAGCAUUGUCAUUUUUCUCUCAUUUUACUAUUUCCUUUUACUCCCUUCUAUUGUUUGAUGAUGUGGUCAAUCUGUCAAUCAGUGCUCAGUUGUUUCUGACUGUUUCUGUCUGUGCUCGAGGCUGGUGAGAGAGGUGACGGGGGUCAACGUGAACAUGCGUGUGGGAAUCCAUAGCGGCAGGGUCCACUGUGGGGUGCUGGGACUCAGGAAGUGGCAGUUUGAUGUGUGGUCCAACGAUGUCACGUUAGCCAAUCACAUGGAGGCCGGGGGUGCGGCAGGGCGGAUCCACAUCACCAAGGCCACUCUGAACUACUUGAGUGGAGACUAUGAGGUAGAGCCAGGAUCAGGAGGAGCAAGGAACGUCUAUCUGAAGAAACACAACAUAGAAACCUACCUCAUCGUGGGCUGCAGCCAGAAAAGGAAAGACGAGAAGGCGAUGAUAGCCAAGAUGAACCGUCAGCGAGCCAACUCUGUCACCCACAACAUGGGCCCCUGGACCGACCGGCCCUUCUACAACCACAUGGGAGGAAACCAGAUCUCUAAGGAGAUGAAGAGGAUGGGAUUUGAAGACCCCAAGGACAAAAACACGCAGGAAAACCUGAACCCAGAAGACGAGGUGGACGAGUUCCUAGGCAGAGCCAUCGACGCCAGGAGUAUCGACCGGCUACGCUCGGAACACGUCAAGAAGUUCCUGCUGACCUUCAGAGAACCAGACCUGGAGAAGAAGUACUCCAAACAAGUGGACUCCAGAUUUGGAGCGUACGUGGCCUGCGCCUCCCUCGUCUUCCUCUUCAUCUGUUUCAUCCAGAUUGUCAUUGUACCACACUCCACUCUGAUGAUUGGGUUCUAUGUCACCUGUCUGAUCAUCCUGAUGGCUGUCAUGUUUGUCUCAGCAAUCUACUCCUGUUUUGGGUUUUUCCCAGCGUCUCUACAGACUCUGUCCAAGAUGAUAGUCCAGUCCAGACUCAACAGUACCCUGGUGGGAGUCUUCACCAUCCUCCUGGUCUUUCUCUCUGCCUUCAUCAACAUCUUCACCUGCAGUACUGGAGACCUGAGGGAGUGCCUGAGCUGGGAACUGAACAUCAGUCGCAGCAGUGUGAAUGCCUGCCAUGCACGCAGCCUCAACUACACCCUCGAAUCACUGGACGGCUUCUGUGGCAGCCCCUCACCCAACUGCAACUUCCCUGAGUACUUCUCUUCCUGUGUGUUGUUGACCCUGCUGGCCAGCUCGGUUUUCCUACAGGUCAGCAGUAUAGGUAAACUCCUACUCAUGCUCUUCAUCGAGAUCUUCUACAUCCUCAUCAUGGAGGUGCCAGAGGUCAGCCUGUUCGACAACGUAGACCUGCUGGUCAUGGCCAACGCUAUUGAGCACAUAAAUGGAACAAGCUGUGUGAUGGACUCUAAGGUCCCUCUGAAGAUCAUGACUCCCGUGGUCAUCACUGUCUUCGUCCUGGCUUUGUAUCUACACGCCCAGCAGGUGGAGUCCACAGCCAGACUCGACUUCCUCUGGAAACUACAGGCCACAGAGGAGAAAGAGGAGAUGGAGGAGCUACAGGCUUACAACCGUCGCCUCCUCCACAACAUCCUCCCCAAAGACGUGGCUGCUCACUUCCUGGCGCGAGAGCGUCGGAACGACGAGCUCUACUACCAGUCCUGUGAGUGUGUGGCCGUCAUGUUCGCCUCGAUCUCCAACUUCUCUGAGUUCUACAUAGAGCUGGAGGCCAACAACGAAGGAGUGGAGUGUCUCAGGCUGCUCAACGAGAUCAUUGCAGAUUUUGACGAGAUCAUCAGUGAGGACCAGUUCCGCCAGCUGGAGAAGAUAAAGACCAUCGGCAGUACCUACAUGGCAGCCUCUGGCCUCAACGACUCUACCUACGACAAGGAAGGCCGCUCGCACAUCAGAGCCCUCGCAGACUACGCCAUGAGACUCAUGGAUCAGAUGAAGUACAUUAACGAACACUCCUUCAAUAACUUCAAGAUGAAGAUCGGUCUGAACAUGGGUCCGGUGGUGGCUGGGGUGAUCGGGGCCAGGAAGCCCCAGUAUGACAUCUGGGGGAAUACCGUCAACGUGGCCAGCCGCAUGGACAGCACCGGUGUACCUGAGCGGAUCCAGGUGACCUCUGACCUGUACAACGUGCUGAACUCCUAUAACUACACACUAGAGUGCCGAGGCCUCGUCAAGGUGAAGGGUAAAGGAGAAAUGCAGACCUACUUCCUCACUGGAGGACCUCCCAGCAGUUAACACCCAGGCUGUGUCCCAAAUGGAAACCUAUUCCCUAUAUAGUACACUACCUUUGACCAGGGACAUAGGGCUCUGUUGAAAAGUAGUGCACUAUAUAGGAAAUUGGGUGCCAUUUCAGACACAGCCUAUUCAGAAGCAGCCCCAGUAACAGACUGACACUGGUGCAGGAAAAGGCUGAGAGGAGAAGGGUGAUUGGACUAAAGGGGGCUGACCCCUCCCCCCCCGCGUCUUUGACGAGCAGGCUCAUGGACCUGUGUUAGCUUGGGGAACUGACUGCCCCCCACCAACACCCCUUGUCCUAGGUUUAUCUCCUCCCUACCUGCAGAGGUCAGCCUCCAAUUGGACCAGAGUGAAGGAGACCCCACCCAGCCUCCUCUCGGCUUGGGGGAAAGAGACAGGGAGGAGCUUAGAGGGCCUGGGUUCGCUGAAGAGACCAAAGAAAUCCCAUCAGACUACAGCAGAGAGACACAUUGUGACAGCAGCAUCCUCUCAAGGUCUUAUUUCUAUAGGUCAUAGUGUGAGUUAAGGAACGGCUAAAAGCCAAUCAUCUCGCAGUACUGUAGAUCUCUAAGGUUUUCUGAGGAAAUCGAUCCAAUAUGUGUGUCUUCAUAGACAUUCUGCUGAAAGAUCCAAGUCGCUCUAAACAAAACCUGCAUGAAGACACUGAAACCCAUAUAAACACGUAAAACAUUCUGAAAGUAUUCAGGCCCCUUCGCCUUUCCACAUUUUAUUGUGGACUUUUUCUAAAAUGGCUGAAAUAAAACAUGUCCUCAUCAGUCUACACACAAUAACCCAUAACGACAAAGCCAAACCAGGUUUUUAGAAAUGUUUGCAAAUGUAUUCAAAAUAAAAAACGGACAAAACCUUAUUUACGUAAGUAUUCAGACCCUUGAGAUAAGGUAAAUCCUGUUUCCAUUGAUCAUCCUUGAGAUGUUUUUGAACUUGGAGUCCACCUGUGGUAAAUCCAAUUGAUUGGACGUCAUUUGGAAAAGGCACACAUCUGUCUAUAUAAGAUCCCAAAGUUGACAGUGCAUGUCAGAGCAAAACCCAAGCCAUGAGGUUGAAGGAAUUGUCCGUAGAGCUCAGAGACAGGAUUGUGUCGAGGCACAGAUCUGGGGAAGGGUAGCAAAACAUUUCUGCAGCAGUGAAGGUCCUCAAGAACACAGUGGCCUCAAACAUUAUUAAAUGGAAGAAGUUUGGAACCACCAAGACUCUUCCUUAGAGCUGGCCACCCAGCCAAACUGAGCAAUCGGGGUAUCUCCAAGCGGGCUGUCAAAAGCCACCUAAUGGACUCUCAGACCAUGAGAAAAAAUAUUAUUUGGCCUGAAUGCCAAGCAUCAUGUCUGGAGGAAACCAGGCACCGCUCAUCACCUGGCCAAUACCAUCCCUACGGUGAAGCAUGGUGGUGGCAGCAUCAUGCUGUGGCGAUGUUUUUCCGCGGCAGUGACUGGGAGACUAUUCAGGAACGAGGGAAAGAUGACCGGAGCAAAGUACAGAGAGAUCCUUGAUGAAAACCUGGUCCAGAGCGCUCAGGACCUCAGGCUGGGGCGAAGGUUUACUUUUCAACAGGACAACGACAUUAAGCACACAGCCAAUGAGUGGCUUUGGGACAAGUCUCUGAAUGUCCUUGAGUGGCCCAGCCAGAGCACGGACUUGAACCUGAUCAAACAUCUCUGGAGACCUGAAAAUAACUGUGCAGCCACGUUCCCCAUCCAACCUGACAGAGCUUGAGAUGAUCUGCUGAGAGAAAAAAAUGGGAGAACUCCCCAAAUAUAGGUGUGCCAAGUUUGCAGCGUCAUACCCAAGAAAACUUGAGGCUGUAAUCACUGUCAAAGGUGCUUCAACAAAGUACUGCGUAAAAGGGUCGGAAUACUUAUGUAAAUGUGAUAUUCCCAUUCCCCCCCCCCCCAAAAAAAAAUCCAAACCUGCUUUUUGCUUUGUCCUUAUGCCUUAUUGUGUGUAGAUUGAUGAGGGGGAAAAACUAUUGAAUCCAAUUUUAGAAUAAGGCUGUAUGUAACAGAAUGUGGAAAAGUCUAGGGGGCAGAAUACUUUCAGAAUGUACUGUAUAUACAGUACCAGUACAGUACACCUACUCAUUCAAGAUUUGCUUCAUUUUUACUAUUUUCUGCAUUGUACAAUAAUAGUGAAAACAUCAAAACUAUGAAAUAACACAAAGGGAAUCAUGUAGUAACCAAAAAAUUGUUAAACAAAUAAAAUAUAUUUUAGAUUCUUCAAAGUAGCCACCCUUUGACUUGAUGACAACUUUGCACACUCUUGGCAUUCUCUCAACCACCUUCACAAGGAAUCCUUUUCCAACAGGGGUUCCCACAUAUGCUGAGCACUUGUUGUCUGCUUUUCCUUCACUCUGCAGUCCAACUCAUCCCAAACCAUUUCAAUUGGUUUGAGGUCGGGUGAUUGUGGAGGUCAGGUCAUCUGAUGCAGCACUCCAUCACUCUCCUUCUUGGUUAAAUAGCCCUUACACAACCCUUACACAGGUGUGUUGGGUCAUUGUCCUGUUGAAAAACAAAUGAUAGUCACACUAAGCGCAAAGCAGAUGGGAUGGUAUAUCGCUGCAGAAUGCUGUGGUAGCCAUGCUGGUUAAGUGUGCCUUGAAUUCUGAAUAAAUAGGAACCACACAUGCGGAGAACAUCUCAAAGACACGGCGGUUGGAACCAAAAAUCUCAAAUAUGGACUCAUCAGACCAAAGGACAGAUUUCCACCGGUCUAAUGCCCAUUGCUUAUGUUUCUUGGCCCAAGCAAGUCUCUUAUUAUUGGUGUCCUUUAGUAGUGGUUUCUUUGCAGCAAUUCGACCAUGAAGGCUUGACUCCUCUGAACAGUUGAUGUUGAGAUGUGUCUGUUACUUGAACUCUGUGGGGUGCAGUUAAUUGUCGAUUUCUGAGGCUGGUAACUCUGCUGCGGAGGAUAAAUUCAUUAGAGGUAACUCUGGGUCUUCCUUUCCUGUGGCGGUGCUCAUGAGAGCCAGUUUCAUCAUAGCGCUUAAUGGUUUUUGCGACUGCACUUCAAGAAAUGUUCAAAGUUCUUUAGAUUUUCCAUAUUGACUGACCAUGUCUUAAAGUAAUGAUUGACUGUCAUUUCUCUUUGCUUAUUUGAGCUGUUCUUGGCAUAAUAUGGACUUGGUCUUUUACCAAAUAGGGCUAGCUUCUGUAUACCACCCCUACCUUGUCACAACACAACUGAUUGGCUCAGACGCAUUAAGGAGGAAAGAAAUUCCACAAAUUAACUUAACAAGGCACACCUGCUAUUUGAAAUGCAUUCCAGAUGGCUAUCUCAUGAAGCUGGUUGAGAGAAUGCAAAGCUGUCAAGGCAAAAGGGUGGCUACUUUGAAGAAUCUCAAAUAUAAAAUAUGUUAUGAUUUUAACACUUUUUUGUUUACUACGUGAUUCCAUGUGUUAUUUCAUAGUUUUGAUGUCUUCACUAUUAUUCUACAAUGUAGAACAUAGUCAAAAUAAAGAAAAAUCCUUGAAUGAGUAGUUGUUUUCAAACUUUUAAUUGGUACUUUAUAUAUACAUACAGUACAUCUGGAAAAAAGUGUUUUUUGUUCAUACAGUCCAUGUAUGCUGUCUUUGUAUACUUGAGUGGUACAGAUAUUACAAUUCUCCAAACCAUGGGUACACUACGUACUAACAUUGCCAGCCAGCACAGAAGCACUAUCAAACCCUUUACUGGAGUUGGUCAGAUAGGAAGGAGCAGUGUGUUUCAUCUCUAGUAGGGAGCCUUGGUGGGCCGUGUUAACCUGGCUGGCUACUUGAACGACCAGUGAGACUGCUCUGUUCAGUGUGAGUUUACAGAGCUCUACACUACACAACACACAGACAUACGCUAGCCACACAUACAUGCACAUAGACACACAUACAUGCACAUAGACACACAUACAUGCACAUAGACACACAUGCUUUAACUGACGACACUUUCAACCGAGGAUGUCAACGAAAAGUUUUGUAUUUGACAUUUUGUAUUUUGACUCAAACACCAAACCCUAUCAGAUAUUUUAGAUUCUAUAUUUUGUACAUUAAUAUAUUAGAGAGAAGUAUCUAUAAAUAAAGAUGUAUUCGGAUGUACAUAGCUGACCGAGACCUAUUACAAUCAUGCAAGGGGUGGACGAUUCCUUUUCUGUCCCAUCACUGUAUUCUUCAUUCUUUCUAGUUCACCUGCUUUUUCCACACAUUUGGUUUGAAUAUCAAGCAGUUGCCUGCACUUGUGGCAAGGCAUCCCCUGACAUAAUAACCCCCUGCAGUCAGUCCAUGUCAUAGAUAGAGACUGAUUUGGCGCUCUAUGAAGCCAUCCCACCAACCCUGGCUCAAUCAGAUGUUAUGACCCAAUGAAUGUCCAAUAUUCUCCAAUGAGGCCUUUAUACUUGUCUACACUGAUGAUGACAUCAUCCUUAUGUUAAACAAUAUGAGGAACAGCUUGUGGGAGUCCAUGUGGAGAUGUUUCAUUUUUACCUUGGACCUGCUGGAUAUUGUUAUCCCCAUUGGGGUUGCACAAUAAUCCAGUAACACUGCAAAAAUUCCCGGGUUUUUCUAAAAUACUGGUUGGAAGAUUCCCGGAAUCAGGAGGGAAUAAGCAGGAAAUCCAGUAAACUUCCAACAGAGAUUUCUAGAAAACCUGGGAAUUUGGGGAGUGACUGGAAUUUUACAAACCCUAUCCCCCUUCUUCUGUUUCUGGUAGAGCAGCCCCAUCAGUGUUACAGCAUACUGUAGUAUCUUCAUCUGUUUCUGGUAGAGCAGCCCCAUCAGUGUUACAGCAUACUGUGGUAUCUUCAUCGGUUUCUGGUAGAGCAGCCCCAUCAGUGUUACAGCAUACUGUAGUAUCUUCAUCUGUUUCUGGUAGAGCAGCCCCAUCAGUGUAACAGCAUACUGUAGUAUCUUCAUCUGUUUCUGGUAGAGCAGCCCCAUCAGUGUUACAGCAUACUGUGGUAUCUUCAUCUGUUUCUGGUAGAGCAGCCCCAUCAGUGUUACAGCAUACUGUAGUAUCUUCAUCUGUUUCUGGUAGAGCAGCCCCAUCAGUGUUACAGCAUACUGUGGUAUCUUCAUCGGUUUCUGGUAGAGCAGCCCCAUCAGUGUUACAGCAUACUGUAGUAUCUUCAUCUGUUUCUGGUAGAGCAGCCCCAUCAGUGUUACAGCAUACUGUAGUAUCUUCAUCUGUUUCUGGUAGAGCAGCCCCAUCAGUGUUACAGCAUACUGUGGUAUCUUCAUCGGUUUCUGGUAGAGCAGCCCCAUCAGUGUUACAGCAUACUGUAGUAUCUUCAUCUGUUUCUGGUAGAGCAGCCCCAUCAGUGUUACAGCAUACUGUAGUAUCUUCAUCUGUUUCUGGUAGAGCAGCCCCAUCAGUGUAACAGCAUACUGUAGUAUCUUCAUCUGUUUCUGGUAGAGCAGCCCCAUCAGUGUAACAGCAUACUGUAGUAUCUUCAUCUGUUUCUGGUAGAGCAGCCCCAUCAGUGUUACAGCAUACUGUAGUAUCUUCAUCUGUUUCUGGUAGAGCAGCCCCAUCAGUGUUACAUCAUACUGUAGUAUCUUCAUCUGUUUCUGGUAGAGCAGCCCCAUCAGUGUUACAGCAUACUGUGGUAUCUUCAUCUGUUUCUGGUAGAGCAGCCCCAUCAGUGUAACAGCAUACUGUAGUAUCUUCAUCUGUUUCUGGUAGAGCAGCCCCAUCAGUGUCACAGCAUACUGUGGGAUCUUUGUCUUAUCCUACAUCUGAUGUCAUCAUUCCAAUUUAACCAAUUUUUUUUUGUCUUUCCCGUCAUCAAACAACUACUUACAGUGACAAUAUUGGUGAUUUGGGUACCAAUCAGUUCUUGAGAAGCAGUCUGUCUGUUUAGAUUGUCACUUUGUACCCCGAGGUACGUGUGGAUAGGAAGAAUGUCUUGGCGCUCUAUUCAUUCUGGGUGACAGAUAGCCUAGUGGUUAAGAGCAUGCCUGAACAGCCCCUCUAAAAACUCAAAGUCCAAAACGAACAAAAACAUCACAAAAGGCGUCAUAAUACACUGCUCCAAAAAAUAAAGGGAACACUAAAAUAACAUCCUAGAUCUGAAUGAAUGAAAUAUUCUUAUUAAAUACUUUUUUCUUUACAUAGUUGAAUGUGCUGACAACAAAAUCACACAAAAAUUAUCAAUGGAAAUCAAAUUUAUCAACCCAUGGAGGUCUGGAUUUGGAGUCACACUCAAAAUUAAAGUGGAAAACCACACUACAGGCUCAUCCAACUUUGAUGAAAUGUCCUUAAAACAAGUCAAAAUGAGACUCAGUAGUGUGUGUGGCCUCCACGUGCCUGUAUGACCUCCCUACAAUGCCUGGGCAUGCUCCUGAUGAGGUGGCGGAUGGUCUCCUGAGGGAUCUCCUCCCAGACCUGGACUAAAGCAUCCGCCAACUCCUACACAGUCUGUGGUGCAACGUGGCGUUGGUGGAUGGAGCGAGACAUGAUGUCCCAGAUGUGCUCAAUUGGAUUCAGGUCUGGGGAACGGGCGGGCCAGUCCAUAGCAUCACUGCCUUCCUCUUGCAGGAACUGCUGACACACUCCAGCCACAUGAGGUCUAGCAUUGUCUUGCAUUAGGAGGAACCCAGGGCCAACCGCACCAGCAUAUGGUCUCACAAGGGGUCUGAGGAUCUCAUCUCGGUACCUAAUGGCAGUCAGGCUACCUCUGGCGAGCACAUGGAGGGCUGUGCGGCCCCCCAAAGAAAUGCCACCCCACACCAUGACUGACCCACCGCCAAACCGGUCAUGCUGGAGGAUGUUGCAGGCAGCAGAAUGUUCUCCAUGGCGUCUCCAGGCUCUGUCACGUCUGUCACGUGCUUAGUGUGAACCUGCUUUCAUCUGUGAAGAGCACAGGGCGCAAGUGGCGAAUUUGCCAAUCUUGGUGUUCUCUGACAAAUGCCAAACGUCCUGCACGGUGUUGAGCUGUAAGCACAACCCCCACCUGUGGAUGUCAGGCCCUCAUACCACCCUGAUGGAGUCGGUUUCUGACCGUUUGAGCAGACACAUGCACAUUUGUGGCCUGCUGGAGGUCAUUACGCAGGGCUCUGGCAGUGCUCCUCCAGCUCCUCCUUGCACAAAGGCGGAGGUAGCGGUCCUGCUGCUGGGUUGUUGCCCUCCUACAGCAUCCUCCACAUCUCCUGAUGUACUGGCCUGUCUCCUGGUAGCACCUCCAUGCUCUGAACAUUACGCUGACAGACACAGCAAACCUUCUUGCCACAGCUCGCAUUGAUGUCCCAUCCUGGAUGAGCUGCACUACCUGAGCCACUUGUGUGGGUUGUAGACUCCGUCUCAUGCUACCACUAGAGUGAAAGCAUCACCAGCAUUCAAAAGUGACCAAAACAUCAGCCAGGAAGCAAAGGAACUGAGAAGUGGUCUGUGGUCCCCACCUGCAGAACCACUCCUUUAUUGGGGGUGUCUUGCUAAUUUCCACCUGUUGUCUAUUCCAUUUGCACAACAGCAUGUGUUGCUUCCUAAGUGGACAGUUUGAUUUCACAGAAGUGUGAUUGACUUGGAGUUACAUUGUGUUGUUUAAGUGUUCCCUUUAUUUUUUGAGCAGUGUAUAUGCAGAAACUCUUCCAAACUGUUUUGGCUGGGAAGCAUGCAGACGCCUUAAAGCAGGAACAUCGACUUUAAAUUUAAUUCAUGAUGUAACGCUCAACUUCAAUGAUAUGGUUUAAAUAGAGCCCUUAUCCUCUGGUCUUUACUCUUUUCAAACUAAAAGCCCUCCUUCCACUGGAAACAUGAGGGAUCUUACUCUACUGCUAUAACCCAUUCAGUUCCUCUUUUUUUACUGUGUCAUUGGUGUUGUUUGAGAUUGUACUUUACUUUCUGCUACUUUGAAAAUGAGCAAGGAAAAUACAGUGCCAUUGAACUCAAUUGACCUUUAACGUGCGUUCUCAAACUGUGGGGUGGGGGGAGGGGGGCAGACCUCUGCUAGGGAGGAGCAUAGCUCCCUUUCUCUCCCUAUAUUUGGACAAAGGAUGAACCUCGUGAGGUUUUCACUAGAUGGAGCGGAGAGGAGGAAUGACAUCAGUGUGUCUUGAGUCAGAGGCAGGACUUGCAUAACCUGGUUGUCGUCUGGUCAGCUAUUACAUUCCACAAGGAGUGGUAGCUAAGAGGACUGGUACCCAGACUAAACCUUGGGUUGUCUUUGCUUUCUAUCAUGUCAAACACUAAGCGUCUUUCUUUGUUACGUUCAAUAAACCACUAAAAUGGCA